CAGCAGAGGCCUGGAUUCGACUCCUCCCGCGAGUCCGAGGGGUGGCACCAUGCCCGGGGUGGCCAGCUCAGGCCCCUCUGCGUCCUCAGGCGAGACCGCCAGCUCGUGUGCCAGGAAGAAGGUACAUUUUGGCAGCAUACAUGAUGCAGUACGAGCUGGAGAUGUAAAGCAGCUUUCAGAAAUAGUGGAACGUGGAGCCAGCAUUAACGAAGUGGAUGUUCUCCAUAAAUUUACCCCUUUACAUUGGGCAGCACAUUCUGGAAGUUUGGAGUGUCUUCAUUGGUUGCUGUGGCAUGGAGCUGAUAUCACAAAAGUAACUACAAGAGGUUGGACAGCAGCUCAUAUAGCUGCGAUCAAGGGUCAGGAUGCUUGUAUACAGGUUUUCACCAUAGGACACUUAUACCUGAUGAAGAAAGACAGAGAGAAAGCUCUUAUAAUCAAUGGAGCAAAUCUGGCUGCUCAAGAUGAUCGUGGAUGCACUCCUUUGCACCUUGCUGCAACUCAUGGACAUUCUUUCACUUUACAAAUCAUGCUCCGUAGUGGUGUGGAUCCCAGCGUGACUGAUAAGAGAGAAUGGAGACCUGUACAUUAUGCAGCCUUUCAUGGGCGGCUUGGCUGUUUGCAACUUCUCGUUAAAUGGGGAUGUGGCAUAGAAGAAGUGGACUAUAAUGGAAACCUUCCAGUUCACUUAGCAGCCAUGGAGGGGCACCUUCCCUGUUUUAAAUUUCUACUCAGUAGAAUGAGUAGUGCAGCACAAGCCCUGAAAGCCUUCAAUGAUAAUGGAGAAAAUGUACAGGACCUGGCCCAGAGGUUCUUCAAGCAGAAUAUUUUACAGUUUAUCCAGGGGGUUGAAUAUGAAACAAAUGACCCCGAAGAGCAGGAAACUUUAGCAUUUCCAGGUCAUAUGGCUGCCUUUAAGGGUGAUUUGGAAAUGCUUAAGAAAUUAGUAGAAGAUGGAGUAAUCAAUAUUAAUGAGCGUGAUGACAGUGGAUCAGCUCCUAUGCAUAAAGCUGCUGGACAAGGCCACAUAGAGUGUUUACAGUGGUUAAUUAAAAUGGGAGCAGACAGUAAUAUUACCAACACAGCAGGGGAGAAACCCAGUGAUGUGGCUAAGAGGUUUGCCCAUUUGGCGGCAGUGAAGCUGUUAGAGGGGCUACAGAAAUAUGAAAUAGAUGAGAAUGAAAUUGAUGAAAAUGAUAUGAAGUUUUUUAUAAGACAUGGUGUUGAGGGAAGCACUGAUGCUAAGGAUGAUUUAUGUCUCAGUGAGUCGGAUAAAACAGAUGCCAGAAUGAGAGCUUAUAAGAAAAUUGUAGAAUUGAGGCACCUCCUGGAAAUUGCUGAGAGCAACUAUAAACACCUGGGAGGGAUAACAGAGGAAGAUCUAAAGCAGAAGAAAGAACGGCUGGAGUCUGAAAAGACCAUCAAAGAACUACAGGGCCAGCUGGAAUAUGAACGACUACGUAGAGAAAAAUUAGAAUGUCAGCUGGAUGAAUAUCGAGCCGAGGUGGAUCAACUCAGAGAAGCACAGGAAAAAAUCCAGUUACCCAACUUUGUGGCUAUGGAAGACUCUUCUUGUGAUUCAAGCAAAGAGAAGAGGCGAGUGAAAAAAAAGGUGUCUUCUGGGGGAGUGUUUGUAAGAAGGUACUAAUUAGUGAAGUAACUUUAAAUAAAUGUGCUUGAUUUUUCUCUUGGUUUUAAAA